AUGGCAGGGACACUUACUCGCAGCGACGGUGUGAUUCUAACAGACGUAGUGCUGGGCUUGGGGGAAGCCAUGCGGGAGAUGUUCCCCACCCCAAGGCAGGCGGGGGUUCAGCAGGAGUGGUUCCGGCGAGCGGUCCUGGAAGGUGUCCCUGAGCAAGUGAAAGCAGCUAUGUUAGCUAAUCCUGACCUCCCAGGCGCUGAGUCCCCCGUGUGGGAUAGACAUGUGUUGCAUCAUCUUCAGAGAGCGAGGGACGAGGCCACAAAAGAGGAAGGAGUAAUCAGGGUUGGGGUCCCCAGCAAUGGGGAAGAGGCCGUGGGGGCCGAGGCCGGGGAGCCGGGAACUGGGGAUGGGGCCGGGGUAUGUCGCAGAGGUGGCCACCGCAGGGAGCUUGUUUCCGGUGUGGGGCUGUGGGUCAUUGGGCCAGGGAGUGCGGAGCAGGACAGGCCCAAGGAGGACCCCCAGCAGGACAAGCGACUGCACCCAAUCCACAGGCUGUUCCCGGAGGAGGGCAGGGGGGCAGACCCCAUGCUGUCCCUAAAGGUCAUGGACAAAGAACUGCCGUUCUUGGUGGACACAGGGGCCACAUAUUCGACUUUGAAUGUGAUGCCUAACCAACAACAUCUUUCCACCACUACAGUGACCGUUGUGGGCUUCUCCGGGGAGGAGCAGAAACUGCCAGUGACUAAGCCUGUGAGAGUGCGGUUGGGGGGACAGACCUUUCUACACCCGUUUGUGGUCUCCGCUGCAGUGCCUGUGAACCUUCUGGGGCGGGACAUGCUGGUGAAGCUGGGAGCUUCAAUUCUGUGUAAUGCUGAUGGUUUGGUUGUCACCCUCCCCGAAGGGACCCGCCUGCCAUGUGACGGAGCGACAGGCGGCACCGGGCAGUGGCUGAUGCAACCUGUGUCACAACAUCCGGUGGCUGACAUCUACUGGGGCCUCCUGCAGCCUAGCCCGGCGGGUAUCCUGGCGGUGUACUCCGCGUGGCGCUCCUGGAUCUCCCUCCUGGAACCCUACGUUCCUCCGCCCGACCCCCCACAUGUGACAUUGUUUUAUGACCGAAAUUCCAUAGAAUGGUAUGGGGACCUGUUUUCUGAGCAACUGGAAGGCCACGAGUGGCAAGUUGCUUCCCAAAACAUUUAUGUAGGUCCCGAGGGGGUGGCCUCAGCAGUCCACCUGUCUCCUGAGCAACUGCCCUGGUACAGGAUGGGAGAGGAGGCGGUGCCACACGUCUCUCUCGCCCUACAUCCUAAGCAUCAGGCUAAAGAUUUAGGCCCAAUGGUGAAAAGAGCCACUUCAGCUACGGACUGGGUUCUCACCCAGAUCCCUCAAAUCUCGUACUCCCCCUCCUGCAGUUCCUACUGUAUUCAAACUAAGGUGACAGACACAGCCAGGUUACAGCAUGAACAAUUGUCUAGGGACCAUGGUAGGGAAAAGAUGGAUCAUCCCGGUGCAGCAGCACUACUGGCUUCUCUGCCAGACUCACUGUGGUCCACCAGCCCCACUGAUGUUGGUUUGGUGGACUGCACGCCCGUCGACUUCCUACUGCACCCCAGUGCUGGACCCCUCUGGGUCAAGCAAUAUCAACACAAACCAGCGGCAGAGGAAGGGAUAGCAGAGACUGUAGCCGGUCUCUUACGGGCGGGUGUAUUAGAAGGGUCCACCUCUCAGUGGAAUACUCCUAUACUCCCAGUAGAGAAGGCAGGAACAGGCAAGUAUCGUAUGGCGCACGACUUGCGCGCUAUCAAUGAGCUGCUGCUGACUCCCACUGUUCCGGUUCCUAAUCCCUACGUCGCUCUCACCAAUCUUACGCCGUCCCAAACAUGGUUCACUUGCAUUGAUCUGGCUAAUGCUUUCUUUUCUGUACCACUAGCACCCCACUGCAGGGACGUAUUCUCGUUCACGUACAGGGGAUGCCAGUUCAGGUACACGCGACUCCCACAGGGAUUUGCUCUGUCUCCUGGGAUUUUCAACCAGGUGUUGAAGCAGUCGUUGCAGGGCUGCCAUCUCCCGGAUGGGGUCACCCUCGUCCAGUACGUCGAUGACUUGCUUAUCGCGGCCCCGACAGCGGAGGCGGCACUCGAGGCAACGCGGUCAGUGCUCCUCUGGCUGGCAGAAAAAGGAUUUAAGGUCAGUAAGGAUAAGAUACAGGUGGCCCGGACGGUGGUGUCCUUCCUGGGAAGGGUCCUGUCAGGUAAGGGAACAGGGCUCUCUCCGGCCCAUCGGUCAGCCAUCCUGAGUCACCCUAAACCAAUUAUUGUGAAGGACAUGUUGUCCUUUUUGGGACUGACCGGAUACAGCCGAACUUACAUUGCAGAUUACACAGGUCUGACGCAACCACUGAGGGCUCUGGUGCGGCCACAUGGCCUGCGGAGCCUCAGCGCCACUCUGACGUGGGAUCAACCUGCAGAGGAGGCUUUCAUCACUCUCAAGCAGAGGUUGGCUCAAGCAGCUGAUUUGGCGUUACCUGAUUAUUCUCUCCCGUUUCAUUUAGAUGUUUCUGAAACUGGAGACGUCGUGAACGCCGUCUUGUUUCAGAAAAAGGGGGGAGAGAGGAAGGUAUUGAUGUAUAUUAGCACCAAACUCGACACCACAGAACAGCGACAUCCGUCAUGCACCAGACAUGUGGCAGGAGUGGCAAAAGCCGUGCAGAAAACAGCACACAUUGUGAUGGGCCAUGCCCUACACAUCCUGACCACGCACAGUGUGGUGGCCUAUGUGAACUCACAAACGUUCACAAUGACGUCUCUAAGACAGCAGAGGCUCAGCAAAAUCUUAGAGGCACCACAUUUAACUUUUGUCCAUGAGGGCAUCAACAUGGCUGAUCGAAUGGGGGGCGGGGCACCCCACGAAUGUGAGGCCAGGGUUAGGAAAGAGGAAAAGGUCAGGGAGGACCUAGCAGCCGAACAGAUAGAAGGUACGGAGGAGUGGUUUACUGAUGGAUGUUGUUUUCGAACAGAGAGUGGAAGUUUGCAAGCAGGGUUUGCAGUGGUAGCGAGGGAAGGCCUGGGAUUCAGGACACUGAAAGCAGAGAGACUGGAGGGGGCCCAAUCGGCCCAGAGAGCGGAGAUCAGGGCAGUCAUUGAAGCUUUAAAAUUGGCCGAAGGUAAAGCAGUCACCCUCUAUUCAGACUCAGCGUAUGCGGUGGGGGCUGUGCAUGUGGAACUCAGCCAGUGGCUGAGGGCUGGGUUCUUAACGGCAGGAAACAAACCGAUUAAGCAUGAGGCAGAUAUGAGAGAGUUAGCGGAGGCAUUGAUGCUUCCGGAGAAAAUAGCUGUGGUAAAGUGCAAAGGACAUGAGGGGUCAGGGACAGUGAUAGCACGAGGCAAUCAAGCAGCAGAUGCGGAAGCAAAAGUGGCAGCGGGGUAUGAGGUAAGCAGGCAGAUGGUUACAGUAGAAGAGGAACUGGAGGGACAGGGCAGGCUGACCUCAAGCAGGAUCCGAGUCAUGCAGGCGCAAGCCUCCCCAGAGGAGAAGAACAUGUGGGCAGAAAAGGGGGGCAUAGAAACAGAGGGCCUGUGGUGUAAUAGGGAGGGGAAGCCAGCCCUCCCUAUGGGAAUUAGGCAACAGGUCAUAGAGGAGGCACACGGUGUGGGGCAUGUGGGGACAGGACAGAUGCUUCACAAUUUGAGAGCAUGGUGGCAUCCGUUCCUGAAGGAUAUGGUAAAGGAGUUUGUGAGAAGCUGUGAGAUAUGUGCGCUGCACAACCCAAGACCCACGGUAAAACCAGAAAAGGGUCAGUUUCCAGCAUGUCAUAGGACUGGAGAGGAAAUAGUCCUAGACUACACCGACAUGAUAAUACCGGUGCGUGGGAUGCGAUAUGUGCUGAUGUGUGUGGAUGCAUUCUCAGGGUGGCCAGAAGCCUGGCCCACUAGGAGAGAAGACGGGGCCUCGGUGGUGAAGUUCCUAGUAAACCACUAUAUACCCAGGCAUGGGUUCCCCGAGAGGGUGAGGUCAGACAAUGGUUCACAUUUCAAAAGCGAGGAUCUGCAGAAGGCAGAAAGGGCGUUGGGACUUAAACAUGCGUUCGGGACAGUGUAUCAUCCUCAGUCCCAGGGGAAGGUGGAACGCAUGAACCAGACGGUCAAACAAAAAUUGGCAAAAAUCUGUGCACAGACUAAAUUGAAUUGGGUUGAGGCAUUACCCCUGGCACUAAUGUCAAUCAGGUGCUCCAUAAAUCGGGGAACAGGGUUCACUCCGUUCGAGUUGCAGACAGGACGACAAUUCCCAGGGCCCUACGGAGGACUCGAGGGGAAACCUGAACAAGGAGGGGUAAGCACGGCCAAAGCAUAUUAUGAGGAGUUACAGGUGCUGGUGACAGAUUUCUCCAAGCAGGUUCAGGAAACGAGACCAGGGGCCCAGCCAGCCAAGCCACAUACAGCGGAGUGGGUCCUUCUGAAGGUCAUCAAAAGGAAGUGGUCAGAGCCCAGGUGGACCGGCCCCUUCCAAGUCACGGAACGGACGUCUCACGCAGUGCGGCUGAAAGGCAAAGGUGAAACCUGGUACCAUUGGAGCCAGUGCGCAGCGGUAGCAGAGCCCAGCAGAUCACUCGCCGAGAUCCAGGAGGACCUCGCCGACAGCGCAAAGCAACCCGGUUCGGCUGAACCGGCAGUAACUCAGGUCCCAGCAGUAGGGGCAGAAUAAUCCCCUGACCUGAGGCAACCAGCAGGGUAGUCCACCCCUGACUGAAAGAAGACGACUACACCUCAUCCACCAGAGAAAGAUCGGGACCAGGAUGACGAUGAUCAAGAUAAAAAGGGGGACUGCGGGGGGAAAACAAGUAAUGUGUGGGAUAUAUAUCCUUACUAACCCGCUGAUGUUAAUGCUCAUGCUCUCUUCCACUGCCCAGGCUCUCCCGUGGGGAACACCGACCAGGUGCGAGGAUAAGUGGGGGGGGCUACUGUUGCGAUACACGAAAGGGACCCCCACCACGUUCCUGUUUGACCUUUGUGACGUGAUUGACUGUGGGGGGCAAAAUGCCUCCUACAGGGGGUAUGACGUAUGGUUGUGCGAUUCCCAAAGGUUCAAUGAGGCGUGUCAGGAGGGGGUCAUCGGCCUGUCUCUGGUUAGUCUGGAGCGCCCUCUGUAAGUAGUGAUCUCCUUGCGGAGAUCAAAAGGGGGAUACCGCAAAAUUUCGCACAAAGCCAUCCAAUCAUUAGAACCCGUAGUGAUCUCCUUGCGGAGAUCAAAAGGGGGAUACCGCAAAAUUUCGCACAAAGCCAUCCAAUCAUUAGAACCCGUAGUGAUCUCCUUGCGGAGAUCAAAAGGGGGAUACCGCAAAUUUUCGCGCAAAGCAAUGUAAUCAUUAAAACCAGUAAUGAUCUCUUAGUAGAGAUCAAAAGGGGGAAUUGAAGGGGGGCUAGGCCGCGUGCUAACCUCUGUCACACUGAGAAUGGGGAACUAACUGGAACUGGAACAUAGGCAGGACAAAAAGGGGGGCUCCGGCCCUCCUCGAAGUGCAAGUAAAUUUAGAAAAGCAGAAGGUACAUUGACAGGGUCGCGGUAACAUUAAGCUUACGCUUGACAUGCGGGGACAUAACAAGGGAGGGGGUCGCUGACGCUGCUAAAUUGCAACAUAACAAGACAAGGUAAAAGGGAACGGGUGUGGGGACUAACGCCAGCAAUUUCAAAACAACACUUGUAUGUUACGCCAACUGGAAAAAUACCAACAAGAACAGUAAACGCCCUGUUUGGGUUAUAAAAACCAGACCCUGACAAGAGAUAUUGAGCUACUCUUGGUAUGUACUGUUUUGUGCAUCUAAGUGUGCUCCCGGAUUUAAAUCUGUGACGUCAUUAAAGAGAGCUGACUUGCAACCAA